UGCACAAAGAGAAGGUAAUAUGAAUUUAAUAAUUUUUAAAUUUGAAAAAUUGAUGCUGCAAAUGCUAUUAAUAAUAUAAGUUUACAAUGUACAGAUGAAGAUGAUGAAGAUGAUGAAUAUGAAGAUGAAGAAAAUAUUUCAUUAAAUGAUUUUUCUGAUACUAAGACAGAUGAUGAUUGUGAUUCAAUGAUCAAUAUGGAGGGUAUUGUAAGAGUUAGUUUACCGCAACAACAACAUGGAGAAACUACAUUGCCCUUUUGGAAUAUAACCCCACAUUACAGUCAUAUUAAUUGGGAACACCCUGAUGAAGAAUUAGAUUUUUUUGGAAUGAAUGAAGCGCAAUCAUGGAAGGAAGGAGAUGCAUUAUAUGUUGGACAACUAUUUGAUACUAAAGAAGAUGUAAGAAUGGCUAUAAAACAUUAUGCCAUGAGGAAGCAACAAAAUUUUUUUGUGGUGGAGUCAAAUGCAACAACAUAUGUUGUGAAGUGUGUCAAUCACAAUAGUGGAUGUCCCUGGAAAGUUCGAGCAUCGUUGCCAAAAAAUGCAGACAAGUGAAAAAUUAUAAAGUGGGGUGGUGCCCAUACGUGCUUAAAUGCUUCAAUCUCUCAAGACCACCAAAAGUUGGAUUCCAAAUUUAUUUGCUCAUGCAUUCUUGGUAUGGUAAAAGAAGAACCAUCAGUGCCUAUUUCGUUAAUUCAAGAGAGAAUUAGUGGUCAAUUUGGAUAUUCAAUUUCAUAUAAGAAGGCAUGGAAAGCAAAACAAAAAGCAAUUGUUACUGUAUUUGGUGAUUGGGACGAAUCUUAUGCUGCAUUGCUAAGGUGGCUAGAGUACAUGCAAUUACAUGCUCCUGGAUCUGUAUACAAAAUUGAAACAACUGAUUAUGUUGAAGGUCACACCGUGGAUAAUAGAUAUCGAGUUUUUUAUCGGUUGUAUUGGUCGUUCAAGCAAUGUCAUGAAGCUUUCAACUUUUGUAAGCCUAUAAUACAGAUAGAUGGAACAUUUUUGUACAGUAAGUACCGACAAACUUUGCUAAUUACUACGACUCAAGAUGGAAACAACUGUGUGCUUCCCAUUGCGUUUGCCAUUGUCAAAGGAGAAACCUUAUCUGCAUGGGAAUGGUUUUUAGCCAUGAUUCGUAUACAUGUGCAAAUAAGGCAGGGCUAUGUUUGAUCUCAGAUCGAUAUCAAAGUAUAAAAGGUGCAGUCUCUAACCCACAUCUAGGUUGGCAACCUCCAAAUGCUUAUCAUGUUUAUUGCAUUCAUCACAUUGCAAGCAAUUUCAAUCGACGAUUCAAAAAUAUCAUGUUGAAGAAAAAACUAAUUCAAUUAGGAUAUACACCAUCAAAACAUAUUUUUGAAUCUAAGCUUAAUACGUUUCGAUCACAAUCACCUGAAAUUCAGAGUUUGAUAGAUAAUAUAUCCAAGGAAAAGUGGAGCUUGGCUUAUGAUGAUGAAGGACGUCGUUAUGGCCACAUGACAACAAAUUUGUCUGAGUCCGUAAAUAAAAUUUUGAAAGGGGCAAGAAACCUUCCUAUUACUGCCUUGGUCAAAGUUAUGUAUGCACGAUUAGUAGAAUAUUUUGUGAAGCGUGGUGAAACCGCAAUGCAUGAGGUUAACAAUGGAGGAAAAUACUGUCAAAAAUUAAUGGAAGCUAUGGAAAAAAAUCAACAAGAAGCAUCUUCACAUCAAGUUCGGCGGUAUGACAUACAAAGAACAAAGUUUGAGGUUGAAGAGGCAUUUAAUCCAGUGACACAAAGGGGUGGUCAUAAGUGGACAGUCAUAUUGUCCACACGUUAUUAUCAAUGCGGAAAAUUUAAGGCAUUCUGAUAUCCAUGCUCACAUGUCAUAGCUGUUUGUGCUCAUAUGAGCAUAGAUUUUUGGCAAUAUGUGAAUCCUGUUUAUACUAUACAGUAUGUUAUGAACGCAUAUUCAUCUCAGUGGUGGCCUCUUGGAAAUGAAAGUAAUAUUUUACAUAAUAAUGAGUGGAAGUUAGUACCAGAUGUGGAAAGAACACGAGGUAAAGGAAGACCAAAGGCUACCCGAAUUAGGAAUGAAAUGAAUUGGGUCGAGUCACAACCACGACAAAGAUGUAGAUUGUGUCGACAACAUGGUCAUAACCAACGUCAUUGUCCUCAGCAUAAUGAUUGUAAUCAGCAGUAGAUGAUACAAGAUGUUGUUUUUCAAGAAAGAUUGUUGUUGUUAAUGUACUAAUGGUGUUUUCAUGUACUUUGUUGGUAAUGCUUAUCAUGGUGUAUUG